AUGUCCGGUGUUUUAUCGAAGUUUCUUAAAAUAAAAGAAAUGUUUGUUUUGAAUAUAGUUGAUGACUGAUAUAUAUUUACUGAUGUGAAUACUUGUGAGCAACCAUGAAGAUUGACAGGAACAGGCUGAAGAAGAGCACUUCUGAAGUACCUUCUGAGUGCCAAAACCUUAUCGACAAGUUAAAAACUUGUUCCAAAAAUGAGCUUUGCACAGAGCUUUCAAAAGUCGAAACUUGGACUUUUGGAAAGUGUGAAUUGUAUCACUGGAUUGAGAUACUCAAUAAAUUUGAUUCAAUUCUGGAGGAGGCUGUAUUUUGCCCCCCUAAUGAUAGAUUUUAUAUUACCUGUGAUAUAUCUUUCAACACCAAUGAUCAAAAACUUCUAUUAUUGGUGUUACAUUUUACAACUUUACUUAUAGAACAUUCUUUUUCUCGCCACUUAUACAACUCGAUGGAGCAUUUGAUAACACUAUUGUCUUCCUCAAAUAUGCAGAUUGUUCUGGGUGUUUUGAAUUUAUUGUACAUGUUUUCAAAGCGUUCUAAUUUUAUUACUCGACUCAAUAGUGAUCAACGACAAGCACUUCUUUGUCGUCUUAAUUUUUUAGCUGAGACCUGGGGGGGUAAUGAUUAUGGGUUUGGUUUAGCAGACUGUUGUAAGGAAGAUCAAGAAGUUCCUCAAACUGCAUCUACUCUUUACUAUGAAUAUUUUGGGCAAGAUGGGAAUUGGUCAUUAAUUCAUAUUAAAGAUAUUCAUUUAGAAGUGCCUCGAAAAUCAGUGGCCGAUCAUAUUUUUCAAUUUAUAAAUGAGUGUGUUCAUUAAUAUGUUCCAUUUUGUACAAUAUUGUAAUUGCUGCAUAUUUAUUUACAGUUGCAUAUAUUUACAAGACUCCGGUUAGCAGCAUCAUUCCAUGAUUAUUCUGCCAGAUUGCAAUUUGUUCAAGCACGACUUCAAGCACUUUCAGUUUUAGUGUAUGCUAAUGCUCUCCAAGAUAGUGCGCAUACAUUGCUAUAUCCUGGUUUACUUGAUGAAUUAGUUGAAUUGUUAGAGUUACAACAACCCCAUUUGGUUGAAAUAAGAGCAGCUGCAUUGAGGACCUUAACAUCUAUUAUUCAUUUGGACAGGAAUCCUCAUUUGCCUAAGAAACCUGGUUCUCGGCUAAAUCUUAUUAUUGGUGUUACUGGUGCUGCAUCAUACCAUGGUUUUCUCCCAGUUCUUGUCAGGACUUGCAUUCGUACAUUAACACAACCUAAGCAAGAAGAAGGAGAUAAUUUAUUUCCUUUACCUCUUGCUACAGCUUUGUUUAGCUUUCUUUAUCAUUUAGCUAGUUAUGAAUGUGGGGGUGAGGCUUUAGUUGCCUGUGGUAUGAUGGAAAGCUUGCUAAGGGUUAUAAAUUGGCCUGGAAAUGAAUUAGAACAUAUAACAUUCGUUACCCGUGCUGUCCGUGUUAUUGAUUUAAUAACGAACAUUGAUAUGCAAGCCUUUCACACCCACUGUGGAAUAAGUAGUUUUAUUUCCCGACUAAAUAUGGAAGUGAAUUUAUGUAGAAAAGAACAACCUUAUGAAAUAGUAAUUCAGCCAGAACAACUAGGUCUUGAUGAUAUUGGGGAAGGUGAACCUGCUCCCUCAACUUCUAGAGACAGAACUGUGCUACCAACUGCAGCAGAUUAUAGAAACCUUAAAACUGGUCUUACAUGUUUACCCCAAAGAGCAGCUCUUCUAAAAUCUAUGUUAAAUUUUUUGAAAAAGGCAAUUCAAGAUUCAGCCUUCUCAGAUAGCAUACGGCACGUAAUGGAAGGAACUUUGCCUUCAUCAUUAAAGCACAUUAUUAGCAAUGCGGAAUACUAUGGCCCUUCAUUGUUUUUGUUGGCAACGGAUGUGGUAACAGUUUAUGUUUUUCAAGAACCUAGUCAUCUAUCUUCAUUACAAGACAAUGGUUUAACUGAAGUUUUGCUGCAUGCCUUGUUGAUAAAAGAUGUGCCAGCUACUAGAGAAGUCAUUGGUUCCUUACCAAAUGUAUUUAGUGCUUUGUGCUUGAAUGCACGUGGAUUAUUGUCAUUUGUGAAGUACAAGCCCUUCGAAAAAUUAUUCAAGGUUUUGCUUUCACCUGUAUACUUGGCUGCUAUGCGGAGAAGAAGAAAUUCUCACCCCAUGUCUGACACCGCUUCAAAUCUAGGCAAUGCAAUGGAUGAGCUAAUUAGGCAUCAACCAAGUUUAAAAAUAGAUGCAACAGAUGCUAUAAUUCGACUAUUAGAAGAUUUAGUGCAUUUGGGCACUGAUCCUAAAUAUGUAUGUUGGCGUGCUCAGAGUAAAUCGGAUGUUUGUGCAUCACCCCCACCUACAGCAAGAUCUUCUGGUAACAAUGAAGCUGGAAGCAGUGAUGAGGAUGAUGAGGAUGAAGAAGAAGCUUCAACAUCAUCACAUACUCAAAGAGAUGAGUCACAUCAAGAUAAUACAUCACAAACUCUUAAUGAGAAAACACCUAUAGCUUUGGUGGACUAUAUUCUCAAUGUGAUGAAAUUUGUAGAUGCUAUACUAAGUAAUAAUUCUACAGAUGAUCAUUGCAGAGCCUUUGUACACCAGGGUGGCUUAAAACCAUUAUUGGCCAUUGUUGGGUUGCCCAAUUUGCCUAUUGAUUCUCCCAUAACCCAGGCUGCACAAGCAGUUGCAUCAGUAUGCAAAUCAGUUUUGAACUUGGGACAUGAACCUCAAGUGCUUCAAAUUGGUCUGGAGCAUCUGUAUAAUUUAGUGCAGACAUUGGAGCCCUUAUAUGACCAUCUUACUGCUCCAGGGGGAUCAGUACUUUUAAAAGAACUAGCAACUGCACCCAAUAUAGAUUGUGCCUUCUCAACUGCUUCAGCAACACCUCUUUUGCAUGCUAUGGGUGCUGCUCAUGGUUAUAUAGUAAUGUUUGUACAUGUUUGUCGAACUGGUCGUGCUGAAAUUAGAACUAUGGCUUUACAAAAAUGGGGCCAAGACAAUGAAUAUGGCCGAAAACUUCUCCAUAAUUUAGUGAAGCUAUAUACUGCAUUGGUUUGGGAGAGUACGUUACUUUUAGCUUUAUGUAGCGAUGAUAUUAUACCUGCUGGAUGUGAUUUUGGAAGAGAAGAUCUUGAUAAACUUCUACCCCAGGAUUUAAGGAGCGAUACUGAAACACCUUGGUCUACAAUGAUAAAUCAAGAUUCUGGUAGCAAUGGAAUGACAAGUGCAAUGGAAGCACUUAGUACAAAUCCAUCACCAAUUAACAUGGAUGUGGAUUCUAAUCAAUCUUUAGCAUUGUCUGAGCGAACAAAUGAGCAAAGAGCUAAUGCUCAACAGUUAAAAUAUGUUCGAACACUUCUAGGAGCUUCUUCCAGAUUGGGGCGUGCCUUAGCUGAAUUAUUUGGUCUAUUAGUAAAACUUUGUGUUGGGUCUCCAAUAAGGCAAAGACGUGGACAAAACAUACAUCCAACACCGAAUUUGACAAUACCUGCAUCUCGAGAUAUAGCUCGAGUUUUAAGUUAUAUCUUAGUAGAAGGACUUGCAUGGAAAAAACUGCCAAUCACUCCAGUUCCAAAGUUCCGAUUAACAUUCUUAAUAUGCUCUGUUGGUUUCACAAGUCCAAUGUUAUUUGAUGAGAAAAGAUAUGCUUAUCAUAUUAUGUUGCAAAUGUUUGUAGAGGAAGGGGGCCAAACAGCAUUUUUUGAUACAUUUAGAUGGGCAUUGUCAGCAGGAGGGACUAUACCGCUGCAGAAGGGGCUGGAACAUCCUGAUUUACCAGAAGGCACUGCAGAAUUUUUAGAUGCUUGGUUAUUAUUGUUGGAGAAGAUGGUAAAUCCCAAGUCUAUAUUAGAUACACCACAUGUAAUUCCAGCUAGAGCUAGAAGGAAGGGUGAAGAAUUUGAUGCAAUCCGAUAUCUCAACCAAAUACAUAAACAAGCGUUCAAUACCAUAAUGAUGAUGUGGGGUAAAAAACCUUUAAAAACUUAUGGAGGAAGAAUGAGUGAAACAAUGUUAUCCAUCAUAAGACACAUUUUGCGUGGUGAACAAAUAAUUGCUGAGAGAACUGUAGUUGCUGCAGAAGAUGAAAAUCCACCAAGUACUAGUGCAAGUUCUGAUGCACCUCGAACAAGCACUGCUAGCACAUUCCUCCCUGAUGCAGAUGUAGAUGCUGAUCAUUUAAAGCAGCUUAUGGACAUGGGAUUUUCUAAAGAUCUCUCUACUGAAGCUCUACUUCAUACUUCAACUUUAGAGCAGGCAACUGAUUAUUUAUUGAGUAGUCCUCCUUCAUCCAGAGGUGCUAAUAGCAUGGAUUUGGAUUUGACUGAAGAUUACCAAAUGUUACGUGCAAUUGCUAUGUCUCUUGGAGAUAAACCAAAUUCAGAUUCCAAAGAACAAAAUAAGAACGACAGUAAAAAACCUGUUGAUGAUGUACCCCUGACAGAAGAUGUAAUUAACCAUUUUACAAAAGGGGCUUUAGCUGCUUGUUUGAAUUUACUUGAUAUAUUACCAGACACUGUUUAUAGAGUAUGUGUUCUGCUGGUUACUAUUACAAAGCGUAAUGGGGUAAAAUGGAGAGAUGAUAUGCUGGUUACUCUUGUAAAUGAGAUCUCCAGUAAUGUUCAGCAAUUGAUAGCAGUAACAGAAGAAAACAAACCAGCUGCAGAAAUUGUGCAUGAUUUAAUACAUAGCGAUGCUUCCAGUAAAGCUGCUGUUAGGAUAUAUUUAUUCACUCUGUUAUUUGAAGGAGCUAAAAUAAAAGACAUGCGUAUUCCUAACACAGAAGUUGUUCAGUGUGCAGCAAUUGUCCCUAAACUCGUAACUCUUCUUAUACAAGCCGAAAAAUGUAUGACUUCUGCUGGUAAUGUACAAGUAAUUCCAAAAUGGAUGCCUCCAUUGCUAUUGUUACUCAAUUUAAUUGAAAAAGUAGCUCUCAUUGCACAGAGACAAGAAGAAAUGGAAGAUUUAACAGCACCUUUAUGGAAAAGUUAUGACAUUGUUAGUGGUAAAUGGGUUCCAUUCACUUCUGCAAAUAAUAAAAUUAUCAAUGAGGCUUAUCACAAUGGUGAUGAUGAAUGUCGUAUAAACUCUGGUGGCCAGAGAUAUCUGAUAUCAUUUAGGGAUUUCCAUCAAAGUGAAAUUGAAAUUGGAAAUAAUGUGCGUAGCAUAAUACGAACUCCAAAAUCUAUGUACAAAGAAACCACUAAGACCCGUGAGGGUAGUGAUAUGAAGGCAGGUACGACAGAUGGCAAGAUUCGUGAUAAUUCCUUAGAUGAAUAUACUUUUAAAAGACGUAGAAAGCCAAAUGGUGAAUAUGAGAAACUACAUCAAGUGGAAUCUGGUAAAAUAGUUGCAUCAUGCGUAAGACUUAUGAUGUUACCAGUUGAUCGUGAUACUCUACAUGCAUUAAUGCGUAUCUGCUUACGUUACACUAGGGAUCAUGAAAAUGCAACUAUUUUUGCCAAAGAGGGUGGUGUGAAAGUAUUAUUGGAAACCACACAGGGAUCUUCAUAUACCGGUUUCAUUAAUUUAGCUACUCUGUUAAUAAGGCAUAUUAUUGAAGAACCACGGACAUUAUGGACUGCUAUGGAGAAUGUUGUGAGAAUAUGCACAAUGUCAAAUGUUCCGCCUCAAUUCAGGGAUCUAUUCUAUUUAUCAACGAGGCUUUCUUCGGCAAUUUCUAGAAAUCCUGAAGUUUACUUGCAAAUGGCAAAGAAUAUAUUGAGAGUUGACGUAAAUGCUUUAAAUAGACGCAAUCCAUUAAUUGAAGAUAACAGAUUGUUGUUAAAAUCCAUACCUAGCCAAAGUGACCCACGACCACCACUGGCAGAAGAUUCUGUUGCAAUUCAAGUAAUUUGUGAUUUACUUGAUGCUUUGGUAAAGCCUGUAGUCACUGACAAUAGUCCAAGCUGUACACAAAGUAGUUCCACUCAUGUAUCUCCAGAAAAGCCAUCCACAAGUGCUGGUUCUUCAAAUGUUAGUACUAGUACUACAGCUACAAGGUCACCUGUACCUAUGGCCUUACCCCUAGUGAACCAGCCUGUUCGCCUUCGUCGCACACCUGGCCAUAUUGAUAUACUGCGAACUGCAUCCCACGAUGCUUCACGACCUGAAAAUAAUGAAGAUGAUAUGCCAAUCACUCCAAUUUUACCACUUAAAACUUACAGGGAUGCUUCUUUUAUGAAUGGUAAAUCGACAGAAGAGGAGGUAAGAAAACCCUUAUUGCCGAAAUCUGUAAUUUUGAAAAUCUUGGCUGAAGCUGUUAGAUCCUAUCAAAUAGUUGCAACAUUAAUAACUGAUUAUGAGUAUAGAGCUGGCCAAUCAGAGUUAAUCACGGAGAACACAAAUGCUUUAGCAUUUAUUUUGGAUAAUCUAUUACCUGUAAUUGACAGUCCUGUAGAAAUUGAGUGUUGUACUACAGUUCGUAUGCUAGUAGCUGCUUUAGCUGCAUCUCAUACUGUGUCAGCUCAGCUAGCAGUUGUACAUGAAGUCAAACAAGCUUUGCUAAGAGCUUUGGCACUUCCUGAGAGUCUUGAAAAACACAACCAAAUACAGUUGCUUACUGCCCUCAUUCCAAUUAUGAUUGAAAAUUGCCCAACCGAAAAUACAUCCAAUAUCAAAAUCCCAUAUAAAAGAAAUGAUAUAUUUCUUAUAAUGCUUAGAAAAGGACUGAUUUGUGAUCUUGCAAGGGUACCCCAAUGCCUUGAUCUUUCGAGUCCAAAUAUGGUUGCAACCAUUAAUGCAACUCUUAAACCACUAGAGACUUUAUUAAGAAUUAGUAAUCAACCAGUGCAUAAUUCUAAAUUCAAGUUCAAAGUACCCAGAAAAGUAACUGAAGAGCAGGGAAGUUCUAAUUCUGCUAACACCAGUACCACUCAAGCCCAAGCUGAGGAAGUCAGUGCUGAGGAUAGUGAAAGUAAUGAUCAGGAGCUUACAGAGAAUACUGAUGGUCUUGAACAGACUUCAAAUAUCCAUAGUGAUGUUCACACUGGUUUAGAGGAAAUCAUGGAUCAUCUACUAGAGCGUGAUUUGGAUAGAUCUGGAUAUCAUCAACAAGUGUCAGAGAAUCAUAAUAUGGAAAUUGUUGAUGAACAACCAAUUGAAAAUAUUGUUUAUAAUCCUGAUAGAGAUGCAACUGAAGACAUGAUGAGCAGUGAAUCUGGGGACUCUAAUGAAGAUUCAAAUGGAUCAGAACCAGAAGACAGAGAAAUGGAUGAAGAUGCUGAAGAAAAUGAAGAGGAUGGUGAAACAGAAAAUGACCCCUAUGACUAUGAUGAUCCAUUUGAAUUUUAUGAUGAUGAAGUUGUUCAAAGUUUAUUCCGAAUGCGUCCCACGGAGAGAGAAAAUGAAAAUGUAUUGAUGAUUCAAUAUCCUGAUCCUGAUAAUGAAGGUGAAAACGAAAAUUCACGAAGAAAUGCGUCAUCAGUUCAAUGGUCUAAUGGAUUAUCUUUUCCAUUUGGAUUAUUGGAUGAAUCAGCUAACGUUCCAGAUGCAGUGCUGCCUCCCCCGCACCCUCUUCUGAUGGCGAGACAUAGUAUGGAUCCAGCUAAUGUAGCAGUUUCCAGAACCCAGAGAACCAACAGGCAAAGGAGGUAUCAUUAUCUUCAAAUUCCUAAUAAUACAAGAGAUCAAAAUCCACCUGUUAUUUUGCAAAGGCUUCUUGGUCCAGACUCUCAAAAUCUACCCCGUGUUUUAUCCACUGGUGGUUUAAGAGAUAAUAGAUUACUAGUAGUCGACAAUGGCUUUGGAGUCUUCACUAAUAGUAGAGAAGAAGAAGCAAUUGAUUUUGUGGAUCAAUCUGUUGAUUUGCUAGGACCCAGUUUGUCCAUUUCUAUGCAUACCAAUCCAACAGCUUUGAAUUCUCAGAGAGAUAAUGUUUCCCUUUCUCAAGAAGCUCAAGAUAAUAUAACGGCGUCAGCGAGGGCACUUGCUCACUGGGCUCUGGAAAAUAGUUCAGAGAGUGAUUUAAUAAACCAAUCGCAGCAUUUACCCUUAGGUUUCAGUCCUGAUUUAUUUUUUGAUCCAGAUUUUGUUGAUUCUGACGAAUUUUCUCGUGAUAAUGCAGGAUUGGCUAGAGAGGAUGCUGAAGCAGUUAGGAGAUCUGAAUAUAUCAAUUCAAUAUUGACUCCUCCUUCAACAGUUCCAGUUUCAAGGCCCAAUAUUCCAGUUAGCGUCGCUGCCAGUGUAAAUUCCUUGACUCCUUCAAAUCCAUUGGACUUCAUAAUUGGUAUUACCGGUUCUCCAAGUAGACAAGGUGAUGCUCCAGGUAAUCUAAUUUCUGUAGCUUCCAACAAUUGGGCCAUGUUAGAUGAAGGGGCUGGUCCUAGUAGACCUAGAAGUAAUGCAAAUAGCACUACUGAGACCGCUUCUGCUCCUGUUACGGGUCCUAUCGGUCCAGGAGGAGAUGCUCCGGGAAACACUAAUUCUUCUGACAUUCCUGAUUGGGUAGAUCCUUCAUUUUUGGCAGCAUUGCCAGAUGAAAUGAGAGCUGAAGUAUUAGCUGAGCAAAUGAGAUUACAAAGAAUUCGUGUACGAGCUCAAACAAUGACCACAGAAACCAGCCCUGUGGGUUUGGCUGAAGUAAAUCCAGAAUUUUUAGCAGCUCUGCCACCAGCUAUACAAGAAGAAGUUUUAGCACAGCAAAGGAUAGAGCAGCAAAGGCAAGCUGCAGCUACAGCAAAUCCUAAUGAUCCUGUAGAUGCUGCUGCUUUCUUCCAAAAUCUGCAACCUUCGCUUAGACAGGCUAUUUUGACUGACAUGGAGGAGUCACAAAUAUCUGUACUUCCACCUGAAUUGGCAGCAGAAGCACAAAAUUUACGAAGGGAUUGGGAAAGUCGAAAUAGACAAUUGAUGCAAGAAAGAUUUCUUAAUCAAAUUGGGCAUUCGACUACUACACUUUCCUCAAUACUUCGCAGCAGAGGUAUCAUGGGUAAUCAAAUGAACAACCCUCAUGAAAGGCAAGGAACCACAUGGUUGGCAUGGAAUCGUCCAGACGGAAAUACUUCUCAUUCCUCAACAGCUCUAUCUGUUAAUAUGAAUAGAAAGACUGGAAGACCACUUCUAGAUCAUGAGUCCUUAACAUGCUUACUGGUUCUUUUAUUUAUAGAUGAACCUAAAUUUAAUACUUUAAGAUUACAUCGUGUUAUACGCAACCUAUGCUCACAUGUUCCAACCAGAGAAUGGGUUAUCAAAUCAUUGCUGUCAAUUAUAGAAAAGAGUAACGAAAGUAAUGAUCCAUUUCCGGUUAGGUCCAUAAAUUCUGUGGAACGACCGCAAUGGUUGAAUAUUAGUCUGGAUGCAGCUUUGGGUUGCAGGGCAAAUGUAUUUUUAAUGAAGCGACUCAUCACUCGAAGGAAUAAAUCUUCAUCACCCAUAGCAAUUCAUCCCCAGGCUGCAUCUGUGGUCUGCAAACAUACUUUAGAGUUAUUGAUAUCGUUGGCAAAAAGUUUCCCAGGCUACUUCUUACCAAAUGAUUUCAAACCUCCAAGUAAAGAAAAAUACCAAACAAAAUCGCAAGAGUCUGGUUCUACUAAAACUUCCAAUGACUUCUGGGAUAUACUCAUUAGAUUGGAUUCUAGUUCAUCCUCUAGAAAAGGAAAAGGUGUUCUCCGUAUGCCUAAAGAUUUUACUGAAUCUGUAAAUACCAGCAGAAACUUUGAAACUUCACCAUUCGGGCAAUUAGUGUCAAUGCUCUCAUUUAAUGUUAUCAAGAGAAGUUCCCAAUUGACAGAUAAGUUACUGCGGCUGUUAUCUUUAAUUUCAAGCGAUCUACCAGUAACACAUUCCUGUUCAAGUGGAGUGGAGAAUUCUGAUGAAUCACCUGAAUUUGUACCUGAUUCUCCUGAACAUUUACAGUUAGCUAUUCAAGUGCUAACUUCCAAAAGCUGUUCUGAGGAUGGGUUGGAAGAUGCCACUGCUUUGUUAUUAAAUCUUUCGCACUACUCUGCGAGAACGAGAAAAAUGAUAUUACGCUUAUUGCUUAAAGGAGCAAUUGAUUUAUCUGUGAUGGUGCAAACUCAUAUUAGUAAUUUAGUAAAGGAGCUGAAGACUAUGAAUAAUGUUAAGAAAGAUAUAAAUAAAGAUGAGAACGUGGGCGACAACUUAAAGGCAUCUAAAGGAAUUUUGAAAGAUAGAUUUACAAAUGAUGCAGUCAUUGUUGCAGCUUCAUCAAAAACCAAAGCAACUUGUGAUUUACAACUUCCUUCAAUGGCACCGCUUAUAUCAAAGACAUCAAGUCAAGCCUUCUUCUUACGAAUUCUAAAGGUUAUUGUUCAAAUUAAGGAAGUUGAAGAUUCUAAAUUGGAAUUUGAGAGGCCAGAAGUAGAAGAAAAUGUCUCGAUGGCUACUGCUGAUAUUGAAGAUGGAGCUUCUGGUGAACCGCAAAAUAAUCCUAACAGUGAAGCAACAAAUGCAAUGGAUACUAGUGCUGAUGCUAUGUCAAAUAAAAAUAACAUAUACACUCCUACUUUCACUUUGUUGAGUGAAGCUUUGAAUUUGGAUAGUCUUUGGAACACUCUUAGUCAGUGCCUGUUUGAAUUGGAGGAAACUCCUGAUCAUCAUGCAGUCUUAGUAUUACAACCAGCUGUGGAAGCCUUUUUCCUUGUUCAUUCAGCUUCACGAAAUAAGAGAAAUCCUCAUAUUCAGGAGCAACCAAUCUCUAAUAAUGUCAGUUCUAGAGAAGUUCAAGAGGGUGGAAGUAAUAAUGCUUCUAGUAACCGAAUCAGUGGCUCUGUUUCUCCUUCUCCUCCUAUAGACAAUAAUGAUGUAGCACCUUUAUCACCUUUGGAUGGCGCAUCUCAUGGAACAGAAGGCGCAAAUAACACUGUCGUGCAACGAACUGAAAACAAACCAUCUGUCAGCAGUUUACACACUGAUCAAAAGAAGUUUUUGGCUUUUGCAGAAACUCACAGGACAGUUUUAAAUCAAAUUCUGCGUCAAACAACUACUCACUUGGCUGACGGUCCAUUCUCAGUAUUAGUGGAUCACACGCGAGUAUUGGACUUUGAUGUUAAAAGACGAUACUUCAGGACAGAAUUAGAGAGGUUAGAUGAAGGUGUUCGACGCGAGGAACUAGCUGUGCAUGUGCGCAGAAGUCAUAUAUUUGAGGAUUCGUUCAGGGAAUUGUAUAGGAGAAACUCUGAGGAAUGGAAAAAUAGAUUCUAUAUUGUCUUUGAAGAUGAAGAGGGGCAAGAUGCAGGUGGCUUACUAAGAGAAUGGUAUGUCAUAAUUUCCAGGGAUUUCAACCCAAUGUACGCAUUGUUCACUGUAUCACCAGGAGACAGGGUGACUUACAUGAUUAAUUCAUCAAGUCAUUGUAAUCCCAAUCACUUGUGUUACUAUAAGUUUGUAGGAAGAGUUAUAGCCAAGGCAAUUUAUGAUAACAAAUUACUUGAAUGUUACUUCACGAGGUCAUUCUAUAAGCAUAUUCUUGGCAUACAAGUGAAGCAUACUGAUAUGGAAAGCGAGGACUACAGUUUUUACCAAGGCUUGGUAUAUUUAACUGAACAUAAUGUUUCUGACUUGGGUUAUGAUCUAACAUUCAGUGCUGAAGUUCAAGAAUUCGGUGUUACUGAUAUAAGAGAUUUAAUUCCUAAUGGCAGAAAUAUACCUGUCACCGAGCAAAAUAAACAUGAGUAUAUUAGAAGGGUGUGUCAAAUGAAAAUGUGCGGUGCUAUAAGGCAACAAUUAAAUGCCUUCUUAGAAGGGUUCUACGACAUCAUUCCUAAACGGUUGAUAUCUAUUUUCAAUGAGCAAGAACUAGAGCUACUGAUAUCCGGUUUACCAAAUGUUGAUAUUGAGGACUUGAAGGCAAACACAGAAUAUCAUAAAUACCAGACAACAUCGAUACAGAUUCAGUGGUUCUGGAGAUCUCUGCGCUCUUUUGAUCAGGCAGAUAGAGCCAAGUUCUUGCAGUUUGUAACUGGCACUUCUAAAGUUCCGUUACAAGGUUUUGCUGCUUUAGAAGGCAUGAACGGUGUGCAGAAAUUCCAAAUCCAUAGAGAUGAUCGUUCAACUGACAGGUUACCUUCUGCACAUACAUGCUUUAAUCAACUAGAUUUGCCUGUAUAUGAAACAUAUGAUAAGCUGCGAUCCUAUCUACUAAAAGCAGUACACGAAUGUUCUGAAGGUUUUGGAUUUGCCUAAAUUCUCAGAGUAAUGAUGUAGAUAACAAUGGAAUAAAUAUAUAACUGAAUUAAAUAAUAAGAGCUGAUUACAUUGCUCAUCAUAACUAAUAAAUUAUUUUGUUUAUACUAGAUUUUUGUAUAUUUUAAGACU